AUUUUAAAUAAAAAGAUAUGAGAGCCAAACCCUAAGCUUAAGUUGCUCAGAAACAGUAACCUUAAAAGCAAGGCAAUGUGCGUAAACCUCAGGAAAGGUAUUGAUGAUGAUUUAGUGUGAAAAAUAGGCCGGGAUUGACUGAUGAUGAAAUUGAUGAAAUCAAAGAAGCAUUCAAUCUUUUUGACACUGAAGGGACUGGAAGAGUAGAUCCAAGAGAAUUGAAGGCAGCUAUGUAGAGUUUGGGAUUUGAUUAAAAAAAUCCAACAAUUUUCAACAUGAUUGCAGAACUAGAAAAUGAAGGGUAUUAAGUGUAAGAUAGUAAAUAGAACUGAUAUUGAUUUUGAUUAAUUCUUGGAUGCAAUAACAUCGAAGUUGGGCAAUAGAGAGAGCAAAGAUGGCAUCAAUAAAAUAUUUGAUUUAUUUGAUGAUGAUGGCAGCAAUAGCAUCAACUUGAAUAAUUUGAAAAGAGUAUUAUGAGAAUUGAUAAGUUAGGUAUCCAAAGAAUUGGGUGAGACUAUGACAGCUGAAGAAUUGGCUGAAAUGUUGGAACGUGCAGCUUCGAAUGGCAGAGAAAUUACAAGAGAGGACUUCUACAACAUCAUGGUUAAGAGGGCAUUUUGAUAUCCUCUCACAUAACACAAA